CUUCUUUCUUCUUCCCCACUCCGCGGUGCUUCUCGAGCAGAGUACUCUGCAAGCCUAAACCCUCCUAAAACCCUAGCUCCCCUCCGCCCUCCCCCUCGCCCAUGGACUCGUCGGCGAGAUCGGGCGCCGGCGGCGUCACGGGUAACCCGCGCGCCUGGAUCGUCGCGGGCAUCGCCGUCGCCGGGGUCAUCGUCGUCGCGGAGGCCGCGCGGCGCCGCCGGAGGUGGCUGCGCGGCAAGUGCACCGUCCCCGCCGAUUCUGGAGCCUUUUGCGAACGCCUCGAGCUCGCCCCGCCGCCGCAGCCGCCGCCUCCCGCGGCGCGCCAGCUGCUCUCGGGCCUCACCUUCGCGGCCAGCGACAACUUUGAGAUCGAGGGCUAUGUAGCUGGCUUUGGGAACCCGGACUGGAAGAGGACGCACAAGGCAGCGAGCCGCACGGCGGUGGCCGUCACGAUGCUACUAAAGCAGGGGGCUACCUGCGUCGGAAGGACAGUCAUGGAUGAACUCGGCUUUGGUGUCACUGGAGAAAAUUUACACUGCGGAACACCAAUUAACCCAGUAUCUCCAACAGUUGUCCCUGGAGGGUCCUGCAGUGGCUCUGCUGUCGCAGUUUCUGCACAACUUGUCGACUUCGCUCUUGGUACCGAUACAACUGGUGAUUUGAGAAUUCCAGCAUCUUUCUGUGGUUUACUUUGUUUCCGGCCUUCUCAUGGAGUUGUGUCUACUCUUGGGACCAUUGCAAAUUCACAAAGUUUAGAUACCAUUGGAUGGUUUGCACGAGAUCCCCGUGUUCUGCACCGUGUUGGAGAUGUUUUAUUACCUGCUGCUUCAGGUGGACUCAAGGAAAAAAAGCAGCUGGUUUUUGCUGAUGAUUGCUUUGAGUUGCUAAAGGUUCCAAAGCAGAAAACUAUGCAUAUCAUAGAAAAUGCUGUUCAUACAUUACCUGGGUAUCAGCCACCUAAGCACAUCAAUAUUGGCCAGUAUAUCAGUUCAAAUGUACCUAGCCUGAAGGAGUUCUGUCAACAUGCUACAAAGUUGCAAGGUGGCAUUUCAGCCUUGAAAGCUCUCUGCGCGGUUAUGCUGUUGUUGCAGAGAUAUGAAUUCAAAGCAAACCAUGAAGAUUGGGUUAACACUGUAAAACCCAAGCUUGGCCUUGAUAUCUCUACUCGUGUACUACAAGCUGUAAAUUUCACAGACGAUAACAUCAAAUCGUUGUACAUUGUACGGAAUGAAUGGCGAGCUGCACUCAAGAAUCUUCUAAAGGAUACUGGAAUUUUAGUUCUUCCAACCAUGGCCGGAUAUCCUUUGAAAAGAAACUCCAGAAAGAGACUAUCACCCGAAUUUGAAGAUAGAAUGUAUGCAUUUGUCUGCAUUGCUGCACUUUCAGGGUGUUGCCAGGCCACUGUUCCCUUGGGAAAUCACAGUGAUCAUCCUAUAUCUCUUUCAUUUGUUGCACCCCAUGGAUCAGACAAGUUCCUUCUUCGUGCUAUCUUGGAUAUGUAUUCUACUAUCCAAGAACAACUAGUUUUUGCAUCCAAGUUGGCACUCCGACCAGUAAUCAAUAAUGAUAUUGGCGCAUCAGAGUUGUUGAAAGAAAAGGGAAACAACUCGUUCAAAAUAAAAGAGUGGAGCAAGGCAAUUGAAUUCUAUUCUGAGGCAAUCAAAUUGAAUGACACGAAUGCGGCGUAUUAUAGCAAUAGAGCUGCUGCUUAUCUGGAACUUGGCCGCUUCAAGCAAGCCGAAGCAGAUUGUGACAAGGCCUUACUGUUGGAUAAAAAGAAUGUUAAAGCAUAUCUGCGACGAGGUACCGCAAAAGAAGUGGUUCUGAAUUACCAAGAAGCUCUCCAAGAUUUCAGGCAUGCUUUAGCUUUGGAACCGCAGAACAGAGCAGCCCUUGCAGCAGAGAAAAGACUACAGAAACGCCUCAGAUCACUUGGUCUUCCGUAGAGAAUGGAGACGCUGCGGCAGCAGCAGCGCAGGCACCAGCUCCGGACGCCCAUGGACCCGCUGGCGUCGCUGGCCGCGAGCUUCUUCUCGGCCUUCUCGCCCGACCAAGGAAGCAGCGCGGUCUCCACGACGCUCCUCCUCCUGCCGCUCCCCGUGGCCGCGGCGCGCGCGCUGGGCGUGCUCCGCCGGCUCGCGCUCCUCGCCGCGCAGGCCUUCCUCUCCCUCUUCUUCGUCUUCCUCUCCGUCCUCUCGCCCCCGCCGCCACCGCCGCCCCCCUCGCUCGCGGUGCCCGCCAUGCCGCCGCCGCUGUCGCGCGCGGACGAGCCCAAGCCCAAGGGGCACACGCAGGGCCCGUCGUCCACCAGCGUGGGCCGCGCGCUGGGCCACGUGCUCUGGGUCGUCUCCCGCCUCCCCGUCGCCUCCCGCAAGUACGAGCUCGUCCGCGGGCUCGCGGAGCGCCUCCUCGACGACAACGUCAGCGCGCGUGCCGCCGCCGUGAACCGCGCCGCGCUCUCCGGCGCGUUCGAGCGCACGCUGCGGCAGCUCGAGGCGUCGGCGUCGUCAGCGGCGGGGGGAGGGCCCGGCGGGGAGCUGAUGGAUCUCGCCGCGCGCGCGGUGAGAUUGGGCGUGCAGUGGUGGAGGCCGGCGCCGAUGACGACGACGGCGGCGGCGGCUGCCGAGGACGCGUUCGGCGGGCCCGCGGCCGAGAAGCUCGCCGCCGAGCUGCUGUGGCUCGCGCAGAAGAUGGCCGAGUGCGGCGCGGCGCGCGAGGCCGCCGUCCAGUUCGGCGCCGCGGAGCGCCUCGGGAGCCGCGCGCUGGUCGCCGAGCCUUCGCUCCAGGUCGCCCUGCUCCGCCUAGCCGUGUUCUUGUUGAGGCAUGCCAACUCGGCGGAGUUCGACGCCGGAGGUGAGGACGAAGGCAACAAGGCGGAGCAGCGGAUGGCGAUGCUGCGGUCGUGGCUGCCGCUGCUGUGCCGGGGCAGCAACGGGACGGACGCGCCGGCGCUGAGCGGGAAGGAGCGGGCGGAGACUGUGUCCGUGCUGGAGGAGCUGGUGGAGAAGCUGCGGCGGGAGCAGCAGGAGGAGGCCAUGGCGCUCUGGCUGCACCACUUCGCCGCAUGCCCGUACACCGACUGGCCCAACCUCGAGCAAUGCUACACGCGCUGGUACGCCCAGUCGCGCAGCCAGCUGCUCCUGUGCCCUUAAUCGAUCGAUUAACUACCUGUGCCUCGGAGAAUUUCUUCGCUGAUGCUGAGCUGUGUACUCGAUCGAGUUACGACUUACGCCUUAUGUGUAUACCUGCAGACAGCAGUAUAAUGGGGAAGUUUUAGUGGUGAUAAUUACUAGAUACUCCGUAUACUGUAUAUGCUUUUUUUUUACAGAGAUAUAUUCCCUCUGAUCCUAAA